UCGACGGUUCGCGGGCUGCCAACGACCAAUUUUUCUUUUUUUGAUCUCCCUCCUGAUACUCCCAGUCUUAUAUUUCUAGCGAAUCUUGAUAUUUUGACGGAUGUCGUCUUCCAUAUCAUCGACGGGCGAAUCACCGUUCCAUUCGUUUUGAUGAGCGCAACGACGAGCUGUUAACGACGCAAUCGGUGUUAAUAUUUAAGGGAGGUAGAUGGGAGCAAUCUUUAUAUGUUACCACCUCUAACUGCUAAACUGAAUCUGUUUUCUUUUCCCAACUCCAGUCAUUUAGACUGGAAAUCCGUUAGCUAUGGCACCAAUCCCUCCGAAUUCUCGCGAUGAGCGACCCCAAGUAAAUUUGCGAGGAUUUCUCCUCGAAACGCUGCAUGAAGCUAAACGCCCAAUCACCGAAAGACGCGCUCUACCUCCUUCUGACCUUGAUAUGGCACACGGACUGGUUGCUGCCGCCGCCUCCUCCUCCCCGAUGGAGGUUUCCCGUGUUCUCACAGCCCGGGCCGAAGAUAAUACCAAGUUCCAUCCUGGGGAGGGCGCAGUGGAUCCUGGCAACAUUAACAUGCAGGGUCUUCUUGCGCUGUUUGCGAUCAUCGGGGCCGCUUUCGUUCUAGCGGCUAUAUGGUUCUUUUUCUGGGCGAAGAAUGGUGGGUUCGUGUGGCGCGAGGGGGAUUGGGAGGAAUAUAAGUCUACCGUAUUACGUCGGAAAGAUUCGAACGGCCGCACGCUCACAAAUGCUUCGAAGAGCACGGAUCUAGGUGGUGGUAGUAUUGUGGGGAGAGGCUAUCGUGAUUAUGACGACCAUACGACGACGGUGGAUACGGAAACUGUAGCAACGGGCGAGAAACUGAGCCGAGGAAAGAGGCUGAAAGAGACUGCAAAACAGAAAUUACUAAGAAGACACAAAGACGAGCAAUGGGAAGGAAGUCAUGACGAAGACAUGCGUGCGUAUCGCCAUGAAAAGCCAGCGAGAGUAGGAGGGAUGAAUCGCGAGCCGGAAGGCACGUAUCAUAGCUCAGAGUAUACCGGCACGCUUGGGCAAAGGAGUGAAUGGACUCAGAGCGAAAUGGGUGAGACCCAUGGGGAGACUGCAACACGUUACGAUGCAGAGACCCGCUACGAUAUACCCGAUACCGACAGGGCACCAAAUAGAAAUGUAUCGGGCUUCUCGUUCACUGCUGGGGAGAAAGAUACCAUUAGCCACAUAACGGAAGAACACCAGCUUCGUGACUCGAUGCACCGCCGGGAUAGCCGUCGACAGAGCCGCUCCAGAAAUUCCCAGCGUCCACGUGGCCCACGACCCAGCACGGGUGCGCAUUCACGACACACUAGCCCCCGUAAACGCGAUCGGUCCGCGAUACCGGGUGGGUACACCACACCAUUGGACAUGUCAUCGAUCAGUGCAUCGGAAUACGUGUACGAUCAGCUCGAAGGCUGCGAUGCGGGUGUUAAGACGUACCAUCGUCCCAUCCCGGGUUUAAGCAAGGGAUAUAGACGCGCAGGAAGUGGCAGGGGAGGGCGGAGAGAUAGUUUGAGUGACAGUGAAGGGGAUGAUUAUGAUAGUCGAUUGUCUUGAGAGGCGAAUGUCAGCUUACACGGAUGGGGUGGCUAUUUGGCAAAUAUGGUAAUUUGGCUUGCUUUGCGAUUUAUUUGGCAUCGAACAUAUCUUCUUUUGGUCUGGCAUCAUGUGGACGAUGGAUGAGUUAGGAAGAACGACUGGUUCGGAUGCGGCUCCCGAGUGGCGUAUCGGUGACUACUGUAUAUGUAUGGAGUAUUUCGAACCAUGGGUCAAUUUCAUGCAAGACAUACAUACUUUGCAGGUCUUCGCUUUCCUGGGACACAAAAAUGUGAUGUAUUCGAUUUGUCUUGGAA